AGCUUCCAAAACGCCGCGUUAAGUCAAUAGGGUUUCUUUGGCUGUGUGGCUACCCACUGAAGUCUUCAGUGUUCCUUUGUGGUUUUGGUUUGCCCUAUUCUCCUCUCCUCUUGUUUUUCCUCUUCUCCAAGGAAUCUGGAAAGAAAAAUCAACUCUUUCUCUCUCUGUUUUUCUCAAUCCCUGAAAAUCAUAAUUCCCUAUUGAUACCUGGGAUUCGAUAGAGGUCUUUGAUUGAUCGAUUCUCUUACCGAAAUUUCGGGCUUCCACGUUAGAUUCAGAAGAAGCUAAAUGGUUGAGGCAGCUCGCACGGAGAAUCUCUGGACUGCUUCCGAAAUGCCGUCUUCGCCUCCGGCGGAAUCGGAAAGCCGUGAUUUUUCGACCAUCGAUAUGACUGCUGGAAUAAGAGAUACCAGAGGAAUUGGAAGCCUCGGACCGCAAAUAGCUUCCCGGCCUCAGUUCGAGAAGGUUUCGCCGGAAGAAAAGCUGGGAUUCACGGAAAGAGUUGUUUCGGCCGCCGGGGCUGCGUUUUUGUCCGCCGUUACUCUAAAUCCUCUUGACGUUGUCAAGACUCGAUUGCAAGCUCAAGCCGCCGGAGUUUCUUACUCUCACCCACUCAGUUACGCCAUUGGCCGCAUGGCAUUCUUUGGACCAAACAUGAUGUUUGCAGACUUGAGAUGUUCUCCUUCAUGUUCACGCGCUGGUGUUCAUGGUACUGUCUCUAUUUGCCCGCCGGAUUGUUUCCAGUACAAAGGAACAUUUGAUGUCUUCACCAAGAUCAUACGACAGGAGGGCAUGGGACGCCUUUGGAGAGGGACUAAUGCUGGUCUUGCCCUAGCUGUGCCCAUGGUUGGGAUUUAUCUCCCGUUCUAUGAUAUGUUUCGCAACCGGUUGGAAGAAUUAUCUCGGGAGCAUGCGCCUGCUGUGACAAUAGGCGUGCCUCUUGUGGCAGGGGCACUAGCGCGGUCCUUAGCUUGUACAGUGUGCUAUCCUAUUGAACUUGCGAGAACCCGUAUGCAGGCAUUCAAAACAGCAAAAGGCGGCAUGAAGCCUCCGGGAGUUCUUAAAACUCUAGUUGGUGUAGUCUCUGAAGUCAGGACAGCGAAUAACCUUGAAAGUAGUUUGCACAACUAUCGUAUUCUCUGGAGAGGCUUGGGUGCACAGCUUGCCCGUGAUGUUCCAUUCUCAGCAAUCUGCUGGGCGUCUCUUGAGCCAAUGAGAAAGAGGCUUCUUGGAAUUGUGGGCAAUGAUACGAACGCUAUUGGUGUUCUUGGUGCAAACUUUUCCGCGGGUUUUGUAGCUGGAAGUAUCGCUGCUGCUGCUACAUGUCCUCUUGACGUUGCAAGAACCAGAAGACAGAUAGAGAAGGACCCUGGUAGGGCGAUGAGAAUGACGACACGACAGACACUCAUAGAAGUUUGGAGGGAUGGAGGGAUGAGAGGACUGUUCAUGGGAAUGGGUCCACGAGUGGCGCGUGCAGGACCAUCGGUAGGGAUAGUGGUUUCAUUUUACGAGGUGGUCAAGUAUGUUCUGCAUCGCCACUACGCUUCAUCAUGACCCACUAAUCGCACCUACACAUGAAUGUGGAUACGACUCGAGAGAAUAAGUUAAACAGGCUCAAUCAUCCUCCACCAACCCUUGUUUACUCCGUUUUAAAGCCGGAAUUUUGUUCAGUUAUUAUAUUACCGGCUGUUUAAUCCGGUUUUCUCGGAAAUGAAGUCAAACUUGGUGAUAGGAACUGAAAACCAAAUCUACUACAUCGGUAAAAAGUCACUUCGAAACUUUACUAGACCACGAGUUAGUAAAAGUCUCUACUUCAUCUGAUACUUUUAAAACUGUAUCUCCAACCUUCUAAACAAAGGUCAAUGGUUCAAUACCUGUAAAUGUAAUUUUAGUUCUAAUCAUAUAGUUCCCAUAGACAUUUAAUACUGAGGUUCAUUUGGGAAAAAUGCAAAUCUUAGGAGAGAUACAAAAGUGUAAGAACAGAGAGAAUAGACAACAAAU